AUGGCUUCUAAAAAAGAUCAAAACAAGAAUUCUAACGAAUCAACGGAUUCUGACAGUAAUAGUGGACUUGGAGUGAAGCAUGCACACAAACAUAACCUAAAACCUGUGGACGUUCAAAGGCAGCAAUUAGAAAAGUUAUUACAAAGAGUCGAUAAGCCAGUAACUAUACCGGAGAUUGAGAAACCAAAAUUAAAAGCACCAAAAGAUAUUGUUAGAAAUGUUCAAGGUUCUAGUGCGGGUGCCGGAAGUGGUGAAUUCCAUGUUUACCGAGCUCAUCGUCGAAGAGAAUAUACAAGAUUAAAAAUCAUGGAAGAAGAAGCUAGAAAGGAAGAAGAAAAACGAGAAUUUGAAGACAAGAUGGAAGCAAUUAAAACAAAAGAAGAAGAGAGAACUGCAAAAAAGAGGGCAAAAAGACAAAAGAAAAAACAAAAGAAAAAGCAAUCCGCUUGCGGGAUAGCGACGAUGAAUGAAUAUUUUUAG